AUGAUCCCCUCAGAGGAAUAUAGAACCCACGACUUCCACCAAGGCUCGUUCGGAACCCACGCAGUUUGGGAUCAGGACUUUUUAUUCAAAGUGCCUCCCGGACUGGCACCGGAGGCAGCCGCUCCCCUAAUGUGCGGUGGCGCAACCGUGUUUGGCGUCAUUGAGGCGUAUAACAUCCGGCCAACGGACCGGGUUGGGAUAAUCGGUAUCGGUGGCCUGGGUCAUCUUGCUAUUCAGUUUUUGGCCAAAAUGGGCGCCGAAGUCGUUGUGUUCUCCAGCACCGACUCGAAAAAGGAAGAAGCCAUGCGCUUAGGCGCUACCGAGUUUGUUGCAACCAAGGGGAAGGAAAAAUUCGAGGGCGUUAAGCCAGUUGAUCAUUUAAUCAUCACCGCGAGCUUUCAGAUGGACUGGAAACCUUAUAUUGCUGUACUCAAACCACAGGCCACAGUCUACCCCAUCACGAUCACGUUUGAUGACCUAACCAUUCCAAUUCUGCCCAUCGUACUUUGCGGCAUCAACAUCCAAGGUAACGACCAUCUUUCACUCGCCAUAUAA